CACAUGAAAUUCAAGAACUGACUGACUUGCUGCCUUAUAUAUCCCACCCCUUAUUUGACAGGUACCAUUGUAAUGACAUAAUCAAUGUCAUUCACUUCACCUCUCAGUGUUUUUAAUGUUGUGGCUGAUCAAUGUAACACUAUAACACGUCAGUUUAGUCACCAAGUUUAAUGACAGCUUUGAUGAGACACUUGAGUGUGCGUGAUUAUAAUUGUUUAAUGUGUAACGUGUAAUAGUUGUCUGUCAAAGGCAUUUAUGAUUGAUGACAUUUCAGUUCUUAACACCUUUCACAGACAAUGACACAACAAUAACAAAUCUUUACUGCAUUGAUACAGUACUUAUGAAGCUACCCAAAUGGAAGUGGCCUGUGUCUGAUCAAAUAAUAAUCAAAAAUGUCUUUAAUGUAAAUAGUCAUCAGAAAGCACAGAAUAAGUGCUUUUUAAAAAAACCCUGAAGAUCUCUACUACACUGAAUUGAAAUUUUAAUACAUCCCCAAAUCACAAUUUUGCAGGCGUUUCUGUCAAUCACCUUUACUGUUACAAUGGGACACCUCUUUUGAAUAAAAUAUCAUUUUAACUUAAUGCAGAUUUUUACCGGGUGGCUCAUGAUACAGAUGAUUUAGCUACUUUACCAGUUUACCUGUAUUCACCCUAUCAUGUUUUUAAAUGGUACAACCCUGCUGAAAUCUAGCAUAAACUAGCAUGAAUUCCAUGUUGAUCCAGGCUGGUAGAGUUGGUAUUGUGCUGGUCUAGCUGGUGGAGCAGCAAAACCAUGCUAUUCACAAACAAAACUAAGAUGAUGUAGCUGAUUCAUGAACUUUAAUGACAUCCCAUUCUUAAUCUGUAGGAUUUUAAUAUGAAGUUGGUCCACCCUUCGCAGCUAUAACAACUUCAACUCUUCUGGGAAGGCUUUCCACAAGGUUUAGGAGUGUGUUUAUGGGAAUUUUUGAACAUUCUUCCAGAAGCACAUUUGUGAGGUCAGGCACUGAUGUUGGAGGAGAAGGCCUUGCUCGCAGUCUCCGCUCUAAUCCCAAAGGUGUUCUAUCGGGUUGAGGUGCAGUCCAGUCAAGUUCCUCCACACCAAACUCGCUCAUCCAUGUCUUUGUGGACCUUGCUUUGUGCACUGGUGCGCAGUCAUGUUGGAACAGGAAGGGGCCAUCCCCAAACUGUUCCCACAAAGUUGGGAGCAUGAUAUUGUCCAAAAUAUCUUGGUAUGCUGAAGCAUUAAGAGUUCCUUUCACUGGAACUAAGGGGCCAAGCCCAACCCCCGAAAAACAACCCCACACCAUAAUCCCCCCUUCACUUUACACUUGGCACAAUGCAGUCAGGCAAGUACCGUUCUCCUGGCAGCCAGCAAACUCAGACUCGUCCAUCGGAUUGCCAGACAGAGAAGUGUGAUUCGUCACUCCAGAGUCCGUGCUUUACACAACUGCAUCUGACGCUUUGCAUUGCACUUGGUAAUGUAAGGCUUGGAUGCAGCUGCUCGGCCAUGGAAAACCAUUCCAUGAAGCUCUUACCUGAAACACCUGAAUUCAAUAAUUUGGAGGGGUGUCCCUGUCACAAACAGAAGAGGACAGAUGAGGUGAGUAAUGUAAAACAGUUCUUUAUUGCAGGUAACGGACAGAGCUAGAACGCAACAGGUAAGCAUCUUGAACAAUGGAUAGUUUGGCUUGAACUUAGCUGAAUGGCAAUAUAGCCUUUUCUGGUGAUGUGGAAGCAGACAGACGGAUGGGAACCAGGUCAGGAACCAGAAGACAAGACUGAAGACGAGGAUCAGGAUCAGGAACCACAGGUAAGUGCUCAGGCGAGUAUGGGUGAGUCUGUUUGUCGAGUGACGAGACCAGACACUGAGGUAAAGGGAGUGGUGGUUUAUAAAGGGUGCACUGAUGCAUGGUGAACAGGUGCAGAUGAUCAGUAUUUAGGGGAUUGUGAGCGAGUGGGCGGUUCUGGUGCUGAUGGCUGAGUCGAUGGUGUUGUUGACUCCGUGACAGUCCCAAUACUUUUAGCAAUAUAGUGUAUAAUAAAUUCUAAAGUAACCCACUAGUAAUGACUCAAGUAUUACCAAAUUCUUCAGAAGUAAUUACUAAUAAUAUGGAAUAGUAUUCUAAUGACUGAAAUCAUGGAUCAGAACACUUGGAUCAGUAUUCUAAAGUGAACAGCAUAAUAACUGCCUAGUAAUGACUGAAGUCAAUGUAAGCUUUUGAGGUUUUUGUAACGUUUUGGAUAGUAAUUCCUUAAAUGGAUUUGGUAACACUUGAGUCAUUACUAGUGGGUUACCACGAUCUUCAUUUUAAAAUACUGAUCCAAAUAAUUAGUAAUUCCUUCUGAAGGAUGGAGUAACACUUAAAAAAAUAAAACAUCAAAAUCUUACAAUGAUUUUAGUCAUUACAAAGGAGGUUAUCAUGGUGUUCACUUUAGAAUACUGAUCCAAAUAAUUCCUUCUGAAGAAUUUGGUAAUACUUGAGUCAUUACUAGUGGGUUACCACAAUCUUUACUUUAGAAUUAAUUAUACAUUAUGCAUUAUUCAUGUUAAUUACGAUCCUUAGUAGUUCUUAGUAGUCCUCUGGGAGGUAUGAAAAAAAUAGUAGUUAUUGAUUAGCUAAUAGUGAACUACCACAUUCGACUAUAAGCACUAAUUUGUUAAUCAUAGUUUCUUGUUAGCUAAUAGUAGUUACUAGAGUUUUAAUAUUGCGUUGCUUAUUUGUUCCUGUGUAGUUAUUAAUUAAUAAUGGAACAGUAUUCUAAAGCGCUAUCAUAAUAGGAGUUUGACCCACUAGAUUCUAAUCUGACACCAUGGUAAAAAUAGAAAGUUGCAUCACAUGUUGGCUAAUAGUUGUUACGCUAACUAACAGAUUGAUCUGUGACAAGACUAUACUGAAAGGAAAUCAGGUUGAUCCCUUUUGUUCUGUUUACCAUUACUGUUUUGUCACAUAUUGUAUUUCCUGCAGUGACUAUUACAUCUGUUAAACGUUGUUUAGCUAGACGUGUGUGCUUUGACUUUGACAUUUGCUUACAAGCAAAUACCAUUCAGCAAUUCCUCGUCCUGUUUUCAGUGAGAUUUCAAGAACAUGAUCUGAAUGCAUGUAAAAAAAAAAAAAAAAUAAAUAAAUUAAUCUUUAAUUUGCAGUAUAAAUAGACCAGACUUACAAUAUAAUAUAAACACACUUAACCUGUACUAAAAUGUCUUGGGAUAUAUGUACGGGAAAAAAAAACAAAACAAAAAAAAAACCUCUUGGCUUGUUGACCAAUCCUUUGAAGAUAACUGUUAAAAAAAUCUAGUUGAAUGGCAAAUAAUAUGAGAUAAUUGCUAGUAGGAAAGAUGUUUGUCAUGAGAAAAUGAAGCUAUUUUAGAAGCUAUCUCUUAAAUGAAGCUAUCUCUAAUUUUAAAUAUAACAGCUGUGAGUGGUAUUAAAGAUUUCAGGACAUAUCAAGAAGACUGUCUAAUGUUUAACUUAAUGUUUACACAUUCCACCAGUGAGUAUCAAAGAAUAUUCACCUGUCACCAAAGAGUCCAAGUAGUAUUAAAAGGUAAGGUAGGAAAUUUCAUAGAAGCUAGCAAUUGCAAGCUAGCUUAGAAAGCAUAACAUCCCACCCUCCCUUCAGAGCGCUCUCCAAAGCCACACCUCAUCCAAAACACAUGAACGCUGUAACAGUCACUUAGAGCAUUUAUGUAAUUUGAGGUUGAAUGACAACUGCGCAUGUGCAUAAAUGGUGUGUCUGUAAGAAAUGUGAAAGGUGAGCAGGAGAAGAGAAAACCACUCUACUGACUUUUGUACUCUUCUUUGCGUUUCAAUGCGCACAGCCAAAGCAGAGUCUGCAAAGCAUCAUGAGAGACAACAUUAAAUUACCUCAUGUCUCAAAGCACAUAACAUUACAAAAAAUAAUCAACAUAAACAACUUAGAGUUUGAGUUGUACCACCUGCUGCAGAUUCAUUUCGGCAUUGAUGUUGCCAUAGAAAUGCAUAAUUCCGAGUCUAAGGACGCGAACAACUCUAAGUACGAACGUCACGGGUUGCCAUUACUGUAAUUACGACAUGGCAUAACGCAGCAUAAGCUUGUUGUUUUGGUUCAGGAGGAAUUGUAAAAGUGGCUGCUGUUUAGUUGUGGCACUCUGUGACUGUCUGUCUACAAGUCUGCAAUAGCCUUACAGAACACGCUGAUCAUUGCAUUUGAAAUUUUUUUUUUUUUUGGUCCUGAGACUUACACAGAAGAUAUAUGUAUAUAUUUUUUUUAAUAUAAAGACAACUUCUAUUAUUGAUUGCUAUCAGGAUGUGAAGAGAGUUUCAGCCAGUAUAACAAAAAGUGUUUCUGAAAAACAUUGCCUACCCUACCUUUAAGCAAUUUCUGAGAAACACUGUUGAUAUUUGAAAUUUUAUAUUUAUAAUGGCUUCUACAAAAUUAUUAAACAGCACAACCAUUUUAAUUAAUAAUAGUAAGAAAUGUUUCUUGAGCAGCAAGAAAAUGAUUUCUGACAACAGAGGUCUUUUGUUGUGUUUUUUCUACAAAGCUGAUUAACAAGCUGCAAUUUGCCUCAAGUAUGGGUUAAUCCAUAAUUGUUCUAUGUGAUCUGCUUAUUAAAUACUAAGACAAAUGUGCGUUUAUUUUAGUUAUUCAGUAAAUGCAUAAGAAAAGUAUCAACAAUUUAUAUCGAUCAAUGCUUUUCUCAUAAGCCAUAAAAUGUUAUUUGUAUGGGUUUUAGCAGCUAAUCAGACUCGGAGUGAAAUCUAAAUUUGGUGACAUUGCUGAAGUAGUGAUCCGUGCUUAAGUAACCAGCUCAAUGACCGCAGGGAGAAUGCAUAAGGAAUGAGAGGAGGUUUUAUCACUCAUUUUUAUCAGCACUGCAUGAAUAGAGGUGGAGCAACACAUGCAGACCAGCACUAUAAAAGCAUCAGAGCAGUGGAUUUAUGGACCUCGAUGCUUCUAUAACUCGCCACAUAUAUGCCUGAAACACAACUAACUAAGGUAGAUCUUCUCUCUCUCUCUCUCUCUCACUGAAUCUUAGUAUCAGUAAAUGUCUGUCUAAUUUAAUAUGAUGGUAUCUAUGAAAUAAUGAAUAAUGAAAUGAUGAAUACAUAAAUAAUAUUUAAUGCUUUAUUUGAAGGCUGUCCCACAUUUCUGCAGAACUUCCACUUCACAGUAUUCCAGUGCUCAAAACACAAAGGAGCUACAACCACUCAUGGCAAAUCCAGUCCAAGAAACUACAGAGCAGAAGAAACAGCAGCUGCAGGGACCCGAGAAGCCAAAUUCACAUCAGAAGUUUAAAGCAAAGAUCACCCAAUGCCUCUCUUACAUUACUGGAGACAUGGCUGCAUUCGGUGAAUGGAUGAAAGGUCAAUUUAUCUUGCUCCAGAUUCUGGACUGGGUGCUGCGUGGAGCAGCUCAGGUGAUGUUUGUGAACAACCCUCUCAGUGGACUGAUCAUCUUUGCUGGACUGAUCCUUCAGAACAGAUGGUGGGCAAUCAAUGGUUUUGUUGGCACUUUGUUUGCUACGAUUUCUGCACUCAUCCUCUGUCAGAACAGAGGAGCUAUCGCAGCUGGCCUGUAUGGAUAUAACGGCAUCUUGGUUGGCCUCCUGAUGGCGGUUUUCUCUGAUGCAGGAGAUUGGUACUGGUGGCUGCUUCUUCCCAACAUCUUCAUGUCAAUGGCAUGUCCUAUAGUGUCCAGUGCCUUGGCUUCCAUCAACAGUCGGUGGGACCUGCCAGUUUUCACCCUGCCUUUUAACAUACUAGUGUGCCUUCAUAUGGUGGCUACAGGCCACUACAAUCAACACUUCCCACAGAUUCUCAUCCAGCCACGCACAUCCUUGUAUAACAUGACAUGGUCCGAGCUGGAUUAUGCUAAGCUUUUCUGCUCAAUCCCUGUGGGUAUUGGACAGGUAUAUGGAUGUGACAAUGCUUGGACAGGAGGGAUAUUUAUGAUUGCCUUGUUCAUUUCCUCACCCAUAACAUUUGUACAUGCAACUAUUGGAUCAGCAGUUGGUAUGGUGUCAGGUCUUGCUCUUGCUGCACCAUUCGAGAACAUCUACUUUGGCCAGUGGGGUUAUAACUGUGUUUUGGCCUGCAUUGCCAUUGGUGGGAUGUUCUAUGCUCUCACAUGGCAGACACAUCUUCUGGCUGUGGUCUGUGCAUUCUUCUGUGCAUAUCUCGGCUCGGCAAUUGCAAAUGUGAUGUCUACUUUUGGACUCCCAGCAUGUACCUGGCCCUUCUGUCUUUCUGCCCUUACUUUCCUUUUGAUCACUACGGAGACAAAAAACAUUCAUAAACUGCCUCUUGCUAAAGUCACCUACCCUGAAAAAAACCUGAUAUACUUCUGGAAGAUGAAGAAAGAGGAAAGAAAUGACAAACAAAGGGAAAAACAAGAGAAGAUGCAAGUGAAAGAUGUAGAAUCACAGCUGAAAAAAGAAGAAAUAAUAGUUGCAAUGGAAAAGAAAGAGCAUCCGGAUGUUUUCACUGUGGAAGUUCGGCAAGAGGAAACCACACAGAGUAGAACAAAUAAGAAUUCAGAGGCAACUGAACUUCAUUUAACUCAAUUAUAAAUUUCCCUUAAAUGGUUCACAUGAUGUUUAUUUGCUGAAAGAAAAUGCCACACAGAAAUAGCUAAGAGACACUUCUAUUUUUAAACAUCACUCUCAAUUGGACUUUUUUUAUUUUAUUUUUUUAACUUUUAAACACCCUUUUCCUUUUCCUUUUUUUUUUUUUUUUUUUUAAGACAUUUGUCUGCUUCAAGAAGAGACAAAUACUUUUCCCUCAGCAGAAGCACCUAUUAUUCAUUAAUAUAUAUAUAUAAACCUAUAUAUAAACAAGACAUUAUCUAAUUUGUAGAAAUGUCAAAACAAAGUUAUUUUUGUUUUGAUAUAGCUGUCAAAACACCAAUAAUGUGUCAAGAUUUGAAUAUGUGCUAGUCAAGUUUUAGCUUCCAGGCAGGGAGGCAGAUACAAGUAUGACUAAUUAAAAUGUCAAAUACUUCUUUUUGUUGUUUUCAAACAUGACAUUAAAUUAUUUGCUGGUGCGGUUUACUUUUUAUUUUCCAAAUGUAACUCAUUUUCAUCUGGAUAUAAGCAGCAUGGAACAAAAAAGAAAAGAAAAAAGAUGAAUGAGAAUGUAUUAUGAGAUAGUGCAGGCUAUUUCAAUGUUUUCAUCAUCUGUAACAGCUUUGUGCCUUAUUUUUACAAUGACUUUUAUAAAUGUCAAUAAACAUAUAUUUUCUCU